AUGGCGUCUUUGAAGACCCUGCCUCUGAUCAUCGACAACAAGGCUGUCCUGCCAGCAGGCUCUGCAGUCGUGACCAACGCCUCCAGCAAUCUCAAGACUGACUAUAUCAAAUACGUCAGUGCAACUCCAGAAGACGCCGUGGCUGCGGUGGAAUCUGCUCAGACUGCCUUCCGCUCGUGGUCAGCAAGCCUUCCGCGCACGCGCAGGACUAUCUUGCAAAAGACGGCGACAUUGAUUCGCGAAAACGAGGCCGAAUUGAUAAAGUUGCAAGUCGAGGAGACUAACUGCCCUGAGGCCUGGGCGGCUUUCAAUAUCAAUAUCGCAGCUUUGCAUUUAGAGGAGAUGGCCGGCAGGAUCACCACCGCCCUUACGGGAGAUAUACCCGUGGUUCAGACUCCAGGCCAAAUGGGAUUUGUGUAUAAACGCCCACUCGGCGUCGUUUUGACCCUUCCGCCAUGUAAUGCAGCAGUUUUCCUUGCGACACGAGCAAUCGACACUCCCCUCGCUGUGGGCUGCACGGUUGUGCUCAAAGCAUCUGAACAAUCACCGAAUACGCAUCACUUUCUCACAGAGUUAUUCCAUCGUGCCGGCCUUCCACCCGAGACACUGAUCUCUCAUCGAUAUAUCCGCAAGAUUGAAUUCAUUGGAUCUGCCAGCGUUGGAUCCCGCAUUGGGGCUCUUGCCGGCAAGUACUUGAAACCCACGCUCAUGGAGUUGGGAGGUAAAGCCGCUGCUUUGGUGCUUGAAGACGCCGAUCUGGAGCUGGCUGCCCAAGGCUGCGUGCACGGGGCAUACAUGCACAACGGGCAAACCUGUUUCUCGACCGAGCGGAUUAUCGUGAACAAAGCAGUCGUGGAGAAAUUCAUCCCAAUACUGUGUAAGGCAGCAUCAGAAUUCCCCGUACAGGAAGCCAUUUCUCUCGCAGGGUCCAACAAUACACUUCGGAUGUUGCAGGAGGCUGUCUCCAAAGGAGCCAAGGUCCUCUACGGCGAAGUCAAGCUCCUCGCACCCACGAAAUUGCAACCUGUCGUACUAUCCGGGUUGACGCCAGACAUGGAGAUCUAUGACAAUGAAUCCUUUGGCCCGGUCCUUGCCGUGUACACUGUGGACAAUGAUGCGGAGGCAAUCGAACUGGCCAACAGCACCAAGUACGGUCUUAGCGCUGGGGUCUACAGCAGAGACAUUUCCCGCGCAAUGAAAGUCGCGAGCCGCAUAGAGGUCGGGCAGACACACAUCAACUUCCCCAUGGGUACGGGGCUGGACGAGGCGACUCUGUCGAUUGGACUGACGAAGGCGAGCGGGUGGGCGAAACAGAACGGCGGGUACGGGUUAGACGAGUUCUUGGAGCUGAGAACCAUAACCGUGACUGACCCCGUUGAAUUUGCUGCCGGCAUGGCCCGAAAGGCGCAGUAG